AAGCCCCGAGCGAAGCCCCGACAGAGCCCCCUGGAUAACGCGAGCGGGAGCCAUGGCAGGAGGCAGAGGUGGAAUUCUGGACGAUGAAUUCCGCAUUCGAUUCGAAGGCGCAGCGCAGCAUCGAUGAGGUGAGAUCAGCAGCAGCCGAGGAGCCAAUUUCCCGUGACUUUGGCGGACAGUCUCGGUGGUUCACAGGCAAGCUCGCAAACUUCGUGCUGGUGGUGGUGGUGGAGAUGAGCGGAGGGUUUAGGGUUCAAGACCAAGUCCAAACGAUGAAAGAUCGUCUGGACACUUGUUCGCCAUGACACUGACAGUGGUUCGAACUUGUUCUGAUUGAAAGUGGCAAAUGUUCGACGUGGUGUCACCGAAGUGGAAUGGAAUGGUAUGGAUUUGGUCGGAUGACGUUCGAGCUUGAGUGUGCUUCCUCGGCUUGGAGAAGGAAGGACGCGUUGACAGGUUGGGAGCGACCGAGGAGCACAGUUGUUGUUGAUUCUGGGCGGGGUUGUGAUUGUGUGAAGGAUUGUAAAGCUGGUAGAGCCGAGGGAUCCGACGCAUCGUCAUCCUGGUGGUUGUGCCCGGGGCCAUGUGAUUCCGGACUCAGUCAAAAUUCCGAAUAAUUCAGAUUGGGGCCCGAUGGAUCAUGUAACAUGGAUUGACUUUUGAGGUGGGGAUUCGCGCUAGUGAUUCGCCUGGUUGAUUGCAAGGCCAGCGGUUCCGUACUCGGGGUGGUAUCUUGUAGAGCAAGAUGGCACCUUCAGCUUCGCUUCAGUUCCUUUCGUUUUCGAGCUCCGUGGGUACACUGCAGCGAAGUUUAUCGGCGAAUUUCUUGCCUCAAGCGUCUACAUCCUCCUUGCGCUUGCACACUUGUAGAUGCAAUUCGGAGGAGUUGAGCCCGAAAGAAUUGCAUCAUCUCAGGAAGAAGAAAGAGCGGAAGGUAUUGAGGAAGAUGAAGAAAGUCAUGCUAGAGGAGAAACGGUUGGAAGAGCUGGCGAGAUUACCUGUUGUGAGGCCGAAUUAUGCGAUUGCUAGAUUUGAAAGUAGCAAGCCUCUCGAGGGCUGGAACAAGCCUCGAAAAAAGAAAACUGCGGCUACAAAUCAACAUACUGCAGAAUUGGCUCUGCCCGAGAGUGGCCAGGAAAAUUCAAGUGAAGAAACUUGGUCUAGUACGUGGAGUGAAUUUGAAGCGGUUUAUGAAGAUCGUGUGAGGAGCACAAUUGUGGGGUAUGGUGUGUCAAGCCAAACAGAUCAAAUUGAACGGCAAGCUAGUGGUUUCAUCGAAAAUCAGGAGUCACAGGAAUACGUUCUACACUCUGUAGCCGACAGAAAUGUCUUCGAAAUUGACGGCGAAAUCAAAGACAGAAAAGCAGAGGCCGUAAACGGUGAAACAGAUAAUAGUUCGAGAGAUGCACUCGGUUUCCCAUAUAAUCUUUUAGAUAAGCAGGAUAGAAUUUUUUCCGAGGAUGAAGACACUAGCUUUAAGGAUUUGGACAAUUUUUCUAGCGGGAACGUAGUAGAGGAGGAAAGAACUCAAUUUAGGAGGAAAACUGCAAGGGUCGAAAUUGGACAGCGGAAUGGAGUUCCUAUAUAUCUGUCUGCGGAAGAUGAUGAUGGUCGAGACAGGCGGAAAAUGCGUCGAGAUGAUAUGAAUGAAACUAAACAACUUGAGUGGCUUGCAAAACAGUUAAACAAUGUAGGGACACGCACAGAUGGAGUUCAUUUUUCCAGGCUAAUGCGCAGUGGGGGUCUCAAAAUCACCGAUGGACGAGCUGUUGUUCUUCUGCAAAUGUUAGGAGCGCGAGGAAACUGGCGGCGUGCAAUGCAAGUAGUUCAAUGGUUAUCAACCCGGAAUCAAUAUCCACAAACUAAAAGCAGGUAUGUAUUCACAACGUUAUUAGCUGUUUUGGGGAAGACUAGAAGGCCAUUUGAAGCCUUGAAAGUAUUCAAAACCAUGCUUGAGGAAACAUCAAUUUAUCCAGACAUGGCUGCGUAUCACUCUAUCGCUGUCACUCUUGGUCAAGCAGGUUUCUUAGAAGAACUUUUGGAUCUUAUACCAAGCCUUCGAAAAGGACCAAGAAGCACCAAGUACCUUCUUAACUUGAAGAACCAUGGUGCCCUAUCUCCUGACAUUAUUAUAUUCAAUGCGGUAUUGAAUGCUUGUGUUUCGCACAAGGAUUGGAAGUGCGCCCUGUGGGUUCUAGAUGAAAUCCGAAGAGAAAAGUUGCACCCAAACUCUGCUUCUUAUGGUCUUGCAAUUGAGGUGAUGGUUAAAGCUGGCAAAUUGAAUCUUGCCUUUGAGACGUUAGAGAUUAUGGAGCAGUCUGGUUGCUACCCCAACAGCCUAACUUACAAAGUCUUGGUGGAGGGCCUUGGUCGAGCAAGAAAACCAGAUGCAGCAGUUGCUCUGGUCAAAAGAAUGGAACAGCGUGGUAUGGUGGCCACAUCUGGAGUCUAUUUUGCACUAGCGUCAACCCUCUGCAUGUCUGGCCAAUGGAAAGAAGCUGUUUUACAGGUUGGACGACUAGCUGAACUGUCAGAUAGACCAUUAGUAGCAACAUACACAGGGCUUAUCACUGCAUGUGAAAAAGCCGGACAUUGGGAAGAUGCGAUAUCCGUGUUUCAAUACAUGCAACAAGUCUGUGCACCGAAUAUAGGCACAUACAACGUCAUGAUUGCACUUUACGGCCGUCACAAUCUUUUUCGAGAGGCGAAACGUCUGUAUGAUAGACUCAAAUUGGGGAGAUUAAGCCCCAGAAAGAUGUAUAAGAGUGCCGCGCUUCUGGCACCAGACAUGUUCACAUAUGAUGCAAUGUUGGGAGCCUGCGCUGUUUGUAGUGAGUGGGAAAGUCUGGAAUCAACCUAUCAAGAGAUGCUUUCACAAGGUUACGAGCUCACUUCCAAGAGGCAUACCUGGAUCCUAGAAGCCCUUUCAAAGUCUGGGAAGCACGAUCUGGUUGAGGCCAUGUUUACCCGAAUAUUAAGCAAAAAUGAAACUGUACCAUCUGAGAUCUACCGAAUCAUCACCUGCUCUUGCAUUCUGGUAAGACGGGACGAGGAAGCUUUCAGCUAUUUGGCGGAGAUGGUGAAACAAGGUAUGAGUAUCAGCAGCAAACAACUGCAAAAGUUUCAGGAGGUGGCAUGUUCACUCGCCGAUGAUGAGAGAGAAGAGUUUUUGAACCUACUGGAUCAAUUGCAAGUUUCUGGUGACUUCCCAUUUGAGGCAUCUGGCAAGCCUGUCACCGGAAGUGAUCAAUCUUCGUUCAAUAACCGGAACACUUAUCAAGAGUUGCAGGCUUCCAUGAUGACACACGAGAGAGGCAGGACGUCUUACCGAAGGGAAGCAACAACAUUCAUAAUGGACAGAAACGCUGUUGCACAUAGCACGGUCGCAUCCAAGACAGUCCGCGCCGACUUUGUGAGUGCGGAACGCAACAAAGACGUCGACAUCUCAAAUUAUCCUGCCCAAAAGAAAAAGAAAGUCAAAGUCAAGAAGCCUGUUUACAAACCUGAUCCGGAGCUCCCAGAUUGGGAGCUUCUGUGGACAGCUGCAGAUCAUGUGCAACGAGAUCUGCCGGAUUCCUCUUUGUGUGAAUAGACUACUUACUCUCGGGGAGAUCAAUAUUGUUUCAUACUGAAUCUCUGUACAUUUAUUCAAUCACCAACGAAAUAAAGGUCGAUCCGUGUGCAAUGCGUAUCUUAGGCUCUCUUUGCGCACAAAGUAUCUUCUAGUCGAC